AUGUAUAUCUCGGCAGCAUUCAAUCAAGACCUCUUCCUCGGAAUCCGGUAUUCUCAGCCACCGAUCAACGACUUGCGGUUCAGAGUUCCUCAAAGCUUGAACUCUUCAUGGUUGAUUCGCUCAGCAACAGAAUGGCCUCCAUUCUACGUCGUAUGGAUUCACGGCGGUGGAUUGUUCAAUGGUGGAUUGUUCAAUGGUGGAACUAAUAAUAGACGAUAUAAUCUGAGUUUCAUCGUUCAGAAUAGUGUUAAUGUAGGGAAGCCGAUGAUUGGAAUAAGCUUUCAAUACAGACUUUCAGGAGGUGCCACUAAUCUUGGUUUCCGAGAUCAAAGGCUUGCGCUCCAUUGGAUCCAAGAGAACAUGGAUGCUUUCGGUGGCGAUCCGUCGAAGGUCACUAUUUGGGGUGAGAGUGCAGGUAGAGAUGACAACCUGUUCCGUGGUGGAAUUGCUGAGUCCGGAGGUCCAGUAGUGUCAUUCUUCCCAGCAACGUUACCAGGAGGCUACAACAGCACUGCAUAUCAAGAAGUCUACGAUGGUCUGGUUUCGAGCACUUCCUGCUUAUCCACCUUAGGAUCCGGGACUUCUCUCUCAUGCCUGCUUUCGCUCCCCUUCUCUGACCCGAACGCUGCGCUCAACACACCCGUAGAUGGAUAUGGACCUUUUGUCCCAAUUAUAGAUAAUGAUCUCAUCGCCACUUAUCCCUCCGUUCAACUUUCGCCGGGAAAGUUUGUUCGCGCACCCCUUCUCAUUGGGGCAAAUACCGAUGAAAGGACAUCAUUCGGCAUCAGUUUCGGUCCUAAUGGUACAGAUGUAAACUCGGACGCACAAUGGCUUGACGUCUUGAACUCGAUUAACAUUCCACCCGACUCUCAGGCCGCAGCUAUCAUAAGCUACCUCUAUCCGAACACCCAAGGACUCGGAAUCCCGCUCCCGGUUCCCUUGCAUGACAUCCUGUUUCGGCGCGCAGUCGUCAUCGCACCAAGAAGAGCAACCAACCAAGCAUGGUCAGCGUACCAAGUCCCCAGCUACUGCUACCGCUUCGACGUCGUCGUCAACGGAAUCCCUACCUGCGUGGGCUCAACCCAUUUCCAAGAAGUUGCAUUCGUCUUCAACAAUAUCCGCGGCGAAAGUGGGAGCUGGGUCAGCUUUGUUGUUGAUCAGGACCCGAAAGAUCAUGGCGUGGAGGGCGUGAAGCAAUGGCCUGUUUACAACUCGGGCCUGGGAGGCGGGUUGGGCAUUAUUAAUAUGGUGUUUACGGUUAAUGUUACGGAGCAGUGUAUUGAGUGGCAUAGUUGGAGGGGGGAAAGCAUUAAUUUCAUUAAUGAGAAUCGGCUGUGA